UGCCCGGCUGUGGUAGUGGUUCCGGUGGAGAGCGGCGGUGUAGAGACACUGACUGACUGUCUGUGUGGGGGAGAGCGGCGGAGUUAUUGGUGAAGGAGGUCACCAGGGAAACCAGUUAGUGAUCUAUUGUCUCAUCGGUGCCUGGGCUGAGGGAAACAUGUUCGCCUUCAAUAUGUUUGACCAGGCAAUUCCGCAAGCAUUUCGGAAUCGGUUCUCAACACAGUACCGCUGCUAUUCUGUCUCAAUGUUUGCAGGCAGUGAUCGAUCAGAUGUAGAGAAGGGAGGAAAAAUAAUAAUGCCACCAUCUGCUCUGGAUCAACUGAGUCGACUGAACAUCACAUACCCAAUGCUCUUUAAACUUACCAACAGGAAAACUGACCGAAUGACACAUUGUGGUGUUUUGGAAUUUGUGGCUGAGGAAGGAAUCUGUUAUCUGCCUCAUUGGAUGAUGCAGAACCUGCUUCUGGAGGAAGGGGGCCUGGUCCAGGUCGAGAGUGUGAACCUCAUGGUUGCCACUUAUUCCAAAUUUCAGCCACAGGCUCCAGAUUUCCUGGACAUCACCAAUCCCAAAGCUGUAUUAGAAAAUGCCUUGAGGAACUUUGCCUGCUUGACCACUGGUGACGUCAUUGCCAUCAACUAUAACGAGAAGAUCUAUGAGCUCCGGGUCAUGGAAACUAAACCAGACAAAGCUGUUUCCAUCAUUGAGUGUGAUAUGAAUGUGGAUUUUGAUGCCCCAUUGGGUUACAAAGAGCCUGAAAGGCAUUACCAGCCAGAAGACACCUCGGAUCUUGAAGCUGAUCACACUGCCUUUGUGCCAAUUGACAUAGGGUUCCGGCCAUUUACUGGUGCUGGCAACCGACUGGAUGGAAAGAAGAAAGGAGUUGAUCCCAGUCCAGCACAAAUCAAUCCAGAAGAUAUUAAAAGGGGAAUUCCAAACUAUGAGUUCAAAAUUGGAAAAAUUACUUUCAUCAGGAAUUCACGGCCACAGCCGAAACAAAUAGAAGAGGAUUCUGGGACCAGCAGGUUUAUUGCAUUCUCUGGAGAAGGACAGUCUUUACGCAAGAAGGGAAGGAAGCCUUAGGAUACCGAGAACUAUGAUGGCAGGAGAAUAGUCUUUUCCAUUUGGAAGUUGGGGAGAAAACACAGUAGCUGGAAAGGACUGAUUCACCUCAUCCUUUUAACAAAACCAUUUAUGGUUCUCGAAUGGAAUCCUUUGCACUCUCUUACAGACUGGUUUUCACUCUCUGCGUCUAGUUUUAAUGGACAAUUGAUUUUGACUGAAGUGACUGGUUCAAGAAUGGAAUUUUACGCUGCAGGUCAUUGCUGAAUAUCUUUAGGUGUGUCUACAAAUGUGACUUUUGCUCUGUAUAUAUAACCUUCCUUUAGUAAACCAGUUUUCUGCCAUUA